CAAAGAGGUCUCUAAAAGGAUCAACAGUUUCUCCAGCACCUAUUAAUCACCAGUUUUAAAAGAUGGCAACUAAGGGUAAUAAUCCCAUCGAUCAAGAUUCCCAGAAGAACUGCGAAGAGAAGUCUUUAGAAGCCAGAUCAAGGCUUCAUCCAAAAAAUAAAGAUGAUGACUUAAACACUUGCGACAUUUGUGAGAGCAUUUGCGUUGGGAUUAUAAAUUAUAACUUACAUCUAGCUGGAAAGAAGCACAGAAAGAUGGAAAAUAAAAUAAAGCUUAUGAAAGAAAUAAGGAAAGGUGGUACUUUAUCAGAACCUGAGCAUGUGGAUAAAAAGAACUUGUUAUUAAAUGACCUUAACGUUGAUAAAAAAUUUACUUCUUCUGGAAUAAGGUGUGACAUUUGCAAUAUGAAGUGUUCAGGCCCAGAAGCGUUUACCCAACAUCUCGCAGGAAACAGCCAUAAAAAGAAGUUGGCCAAGCAAGAAUACAUUAAGAAACAUGCAGCUCUUAAAAAUAUUUCGGGCUAUUACAGUUGCAAUAUUUGUGAAAAAGAAUUUUCAGGACCAUUCUGUUAUCAAAAGCAUUUAGAAAGCAUUUCUCACUUGAAACGAAAGGAAAAUUUGGAAGAGUUAAGUAAACUCAGUGAUCCAAUUAUUAAUCCCAAAGAAAGUAGAAAUUUACAAUGUAGAUCCUGCAAGAAAAGAUUUUCGGGAAUAAUUCCGUUCAACAUUCAUCUAAAAAGUGCUGCACAUAAGAAAUCUGUGAGGAAGAGUGCUAUACUUACAGAAUUACAAACGAAGCAUCCCGAAUUGGUGAUGCGACCUGCUGUGGACCGUGAUAAUAGUAAAGUUGAAGAUAUGCUUGUGUGUACAGUCUGCCAUGUUGGUUUUUCAGGUCCUGAAAGUGCAGUCUCUCAUUUCAGAAGUGAAAAACAUGUUAAGAAGACAAAGCUAAAGAGAUUAAGCAAUAAACCUACUAAGGAAAUAAAUACGAAUUCAGAUUUCAAACAACUAAAUGCAGAGCCAGCUGGUUCUUUUGACAAUAUGGUUCAUAGAGAGUACGAUUUGCUGGACGAUCGUUGAGAUGAUACUUUAUUUUAUGAUAUGUACCUUAUAUUUGUAUAGCACUCUAUUUACUACGUUCUUGAGGACAUUCUUUGAUGAAAUUGUUGAAGACAUGCAUAUUUUAAAACACCUCUGCGUAUUACUCGUGUGCUGUACAUAUAAAAGUAUUUACAGUGAAUUCAAAAUUAUGUUUGCUGGAUUCUAAUUUCUUGAUAUAUUUUUUGUUACUGUGUUUUUAAAGAAAAUAUACAAAUGAGUAACAUAGUCACUGUUCUUAUUAUAUAUUAUUUUUUAUAUUAUUUUUAUAUUGUCUUUGAUUUGUUUUUACAAAGUUUGCA